AGGACUAAGGAGAGUUGCAUAAUGUGCAAUUUUAAUUCCGGUAGACCCAUCCACACCAGAACACUGCCUACUGCGGUGGGUUGCUUCCUUCUCUUACAACCCUUUUCAAUAUUCAGUCCAUCGAUUCGGUGGGUGCGGGUGCAGCGUAACCGAGCUAGUCCCCGAUCGGCGUCGGCACUCUGCCGGAGAACAACAUGAUUGUCUGCGUCGCCGUCGUCGGUCACCAGAACAAUCCGCUCUACAUUCAGAGCUUCACGGAGGCCGAUGACGCUCUCAAACUCCACCACAUCGUCCAUUGCUCGCUCGAUGUCGUCGACGAGCGAGUGAACAAUCCUAAAAAGUCUGGACCGAUGCUUAAUGAGACGUUUCUGGGACUGCUUUAUCCUAUUGAAAAUUACAAAGUAUAUGGAUAUCUGACUAAUACGAAGGUGAAAUUUAUCUUGGUGACCACGGAUCUGGAUGUUAAAGAUGCGGAUGUAAGAAAUUUUUUCAGGAGGUUCCAUGCUGCAUACGUAGAUGCAGUUUCAAACCCAUUCCAUGUGCCAGGCAAAAAGAUAACCUCCAGAACUUUUGCCGAAAGAGUGAGCACUAUUGUCAAGUCAUUUGGCUUUAGUUCUGCUGGGUGAACAACUAUAAUUAGUGCUAGUAUGAUGUUUUGUUGAUAUCUGGCACAAUUUUUUUUAUAUUAUUAUUCUAAGCUCUUGCCUUGUAGUUUUAGCAGUGGUAUAACGCUUAGGAACAUUUUGAACAUAAUUUUGUGUUGAAUUGUCAUAUUCAAAUUGAACCGUCACAUUUGCAAGAAGGUUGUUAGCUUGAA